AUGAGGCUGUGCCAAACAAGGAUGAUAUCCCAACUGCCACAAGAUUUGAUAGAAGAGAUAGUAUAUAGGGUCCCCGUGACAUCCCUGAGACGAUUACGAUCUACUUGCAAAGGAUGGUACCAUCAAGCUCUAUUCAAAGAUCCUAGAUUCAUCAAAAAACACUUUGACAAAACAGCAAGGCAGUAUCAUGCUCUUAUGCUUUUAUCUGAAGCCUUUCACUGCGAUGGCAUAUUGCUAUGCAGCCUCUUGAUGAAGACCAUGAUUGUGGUUUGGAACCCGUUUUCGGGGCAAACAAGGUGGAUCCAAGUAACCCAACUGCAAGAUCACUAUAUCGGAGCCUAUGCUCUCGGAUACAACAACAAGGAGUUGUGUCGUAGCUACAAAAUCUUGAGGUUCCGGUGUCAAUACGGAAAGUUGGCGGCAUCAUGGGGCUGGGGUGCACUUAAUGUCACUCCGGAACCCGAAGGCAACUUUAUAUCGGAAAUAUAUGAGUUUAGCUCUAAUUUAUGGAGGAAUCUGGAUUCGGUCCUUCCCGAUCAAGCCUACUUAAAACCUAGUGGUGGUGUAUCUUUAAAUGGGAAUACUUACUGGAUGUCGUGUAAUAAAAAAGGACACUACUCACUACUCAGUUUUGAUUUUUCAACAGAAAAGUUUCAACGUUUAUGCGCUCCCUUUCAUCAUGAACCAUGCCAUAUUGAUACUAGGGUUCUCUCGGUUGUUAGAGAAGAACGUCUCUCGUUGUUAUAUCAGAGUAGGAAGACACUAGAGGUGGAAAUAUGGAUGACCGAUGAGAUUGAGACCACAUUUGUGUCGUGGAGCAAGUUCUUAAGAGUAGAUUUAUUAGGAUUAAACCAUUGUUUUUCGGAUUCCAUGAGCUUCUCCAUUAUCGACGAGGAGAAGAAAGUUGUCGUGUGUUGUGAUGAAGCGGGAAAUUUCGACUUCACAAUGGUGUGGAUUGUUAAAGAAGGAGAAGAAUAUAGAGCAUCACCCGAUAUUUCAGUUGAUGGUGGCGUACAAGCAUGGAGUAUACCACAUCUUAGUGUUCCAAGAUUGUUUGGUUAUGUUCCAAAAAAUUAG